AUGACACACACAGAAGAAAGUUCACGCUCUCGGCGUGAUCAUUCAUCCGAAUUAGACUCCGAAUCAAUAAGACAGCUGCUCGAAGAUGGAGAGCUGGAUACGCUACGUUGGGAAGAUGAUGAUAUAUCCUUACGGUCAGCUGCAUCUAACAGUCGCCUGCCCUACGACAAAUUAACAGCUCAGGAGUUGGUUCACUUUCCUGAUGCAUCGGACUCAAAGGCUUCUACAAAUCUUUACCUAUUUAUAAGAAAUAAAAUAUUGCAACUUUGGCUCCUCGAACCCAAUGUGGAGCUGACAAGUGAAGAUGCAAUUGAUCAACUUCCUACUCCUUUCAACAGUGAUCGCCGCUUUGUUCGACGUAUUCACGGCUUUCUCCAAAGAUAUGGUUUCAUCAAUUAUGGGAAUUUUCACCGUUUGGCAUCAGCUCUUAUUCUAACUUCGAAGCGAAAGCGGGUUAUUAUCAUUGGUGCUGGUGCUGCUGGCAUAGCUGCUAUGAAACAACUUCACUUCUUUGGAUUCGAUGUUGUGUUAUUAGAAGCACGAAAGCGACUUGGCGGUCGUGUACACACUUAUCAUCAAAAAGAUUCGAGCACAGUCGCCGAUCUAGGAGCAAUGGUAGUCACGGGAAUAAAUGGGAAUCCAAUUGUAACGAUGAUGCGACAGACUCAGUGUACUCCUGUCCGUAUCACACCAGAUUGCCCCAUUUACGAUGAAUAUGGAAAGUUGGUGGAUCAGCGAAAAGACGAGUUGGUAGCUGAGGCUUUCAAAAAGAUAGGCGACACUGCAUCAUACAUUGCUCACACAUUAGGUGUGACUGAAGUGAAUGGAAAGAAGCUCAGUAUUGCUGAUGCCUACAACGAUAUUCUCGAUUUGGUUUUCCCUAAACUGCAAUCAAUUCACCGAUUAUGUAAUUCUAGAAUGUUGGAGUUAAGAAUGCAGAGAAGACGUCUCAAAUAUUGGCAAAUUUAUGAGGAAAUACUCGAGAAGAUGAAACAGGUUCAGAAUGAGAUUAUUUUGUACAAGAAAAGCGCAGAGUUUUUGGCCGAAAAAUUGAGGUCAUCGGAUGGAAGCAUCCAUCAUACACUUGAUUCUGAUUCGCGCUUGGAACAAGAUAUUCUCCGACGUUGUUAUAAGCGCGACCUUGGGGAGGCCAUCAAGCGUUAUGAUGCUGCUAGGGAGCGUUUCCGUAAUUUGGAGACUACACUUCGUAAUCUCAAAAAACAGGAACCAAGUGAAGUCUACAUGAAUCAGAGGGAUCGUCGUCUCUUAGACUUCCAUUUUGCUAAUUUGGAGUAUGUUAGUGGGGGCACACUAGACAAGCUGUCUCUACAACAUUUCGACCAAGACGAUGAGUUCCAAUUUACGGGCUCACACAUGGCUAGUGAGUUGCAUUCACUUUUUUUCCAAAGCCUCUGUAAUACUUUUCCCUUUCUCAAUAUCUUUCUCAUUGGACUGACUGCUCUUAUGAAAACUUUUUAA